AAAUUCUUCCUCAUCAAAAAAUAAAAAAAAAGUUUGUUAUCAGUUGUCCCACCAGGUUGAAUUAACAGCAAAUGUCCAAUUCCUAAGGCAUUUCUUACCACUUUUUUAGGUUUAUAAAAAUGCUUUCUUGGACACCAGAGUAGUGAGAGCUCUUCAUUUGUUUAUUUGUACUGCUUCAACUUUUAGCUUCUUUCUGGCUUAACUUCCCUGUACAUGAUUCAGCCCGGCCAUCAGAUUUUUAAAUAAUCUGUUUGUGCUUUUCCUUCUGAGUGUUUUGCCAAACAUGGUUUACAAACAGAGGAUGUCCUCUCUUGCCAUUUUUGCAGGUUUUGUUACUCUUCCUCAGCUUCCAUUGAUUCUCUGCUCAUCUUUAAAGCCGCAACUUGAAACAGCCCAGCUGAAUUCAAGAAGCAGAGAAGAAAUGGUAAAUUGAUCUUUUCAUUGUAAACAUAAUAUCCCUUUUUCGGUCUAAAUAUUAUGUGAUAUGAUUCACUUACAAGUUAAGAAUGAUCAAAUUCUUUCCUUCGGAACAGUUGUCACCUAAAGUGAUAUCAGAGGUGGUGGUUCAUGCUGUUAUAUUCUGGAUUUCCAUGGGGUUUUUGAUGCCUCUUGGAAUUCUGAUUAUGAGAAAAGCUAACUACGAGCAAAAUCCAAGCCGGAUGAGAAUCAUGUUUUACAUUCAUGCUGCUCUACAGUCUCUAGCGGUCCUACUUUUGACAAUUGGAGCAAUACUGGCAUACAAGGACUUUCCAAAUGCCUUCAACAAUGAUCACCAACGUUUGGGAGUCGCCCUUUAUGGUCUCGUUUGGGCACAAUUUUUUCUCGGGAUCACGCGGCUAAGCAAGGGAAACAGAGGAAGGAUGAUAUGGUAUUUUGUGCAUUGGUUAAUUGGCAGCGUGGUUUGUUUGCUGGGAGUGAUUGCUAUAUACACUGGUUUAUUUGCAUACCACCAGAAAACUGGAAGAAACAUUCGAGUCUGGAUCAUACUCUUCACAGUGGAGAUCUCUUUCCUUAUUUUGUUCUAUCUCCUGCAAGAAAAAUGGGAGUACAUUAUGAAACAAAACCAUAUUACGGCCAUACAUUCUGCUGCGGACCAAGAGUUUAUGUUGAAGCAGAGGGAACGAGCUGAAACUGUAAACAAUACUGAGUAGGCCAAAUUGAAAGUUGAAAAAAUUUACCCCAAGUAUUAGAAUAGCUGCUUACCCAAACUACUACAAAGAGUUAUCCAUUUUCCCCGGUGAAAGGAACUUCAAUUAUUACGCUUGUACCUUUCAUGCAAUUGCCGGGAAUGUGAAGAAUGUGUCUUCCCACGUAGACAGAGAGUAGCUAGCUAGGUGUUCAAUUCAAUUUAUUGGUCAAAUUUUAUUUUAUUUUAUUUUAUUUUUUUGAUCAUGAAGUUUCCCUUGUUUAGUGAAUUAGGAAAAAGACAAUAAUUUUGAUUUCCUUUAGAGUUCAAUAAACUUAGUACCCCUGAGAAAGAGGAUUUGUUUGUGUAACACGGAGUUUUUUUUUUUUUUUUUGAGAAUCCUUUCUUUCCUUAUUACAGAAAUAAUGGGAAUGGUCCGACAUAUCCAGU